UGCAUAUUUACACUUUUAGCCCCAACAUUUUCCUCAAUUAUUUUCUCUUCUUCUUCCAUUACCACAUUCUCUCACUGUCCUUUAUUAUACUAACUACUUUUCCAGGAAACUUUCAUAAUUUCCUGGAAAAUUAUUUUCUCAUUCAACUCAAACCCACUUAUUAUAUUUCUCUACCUAUUUAUACCAAAAAAAAACAAACAUUCUUUUUCUUAAAAAAACCUACAAAUAAUAAAACCCUAAAAAAAAAUAAAAUCUGAUUUUGCUUUUGAAUUCGUCAUUUUUCUGAUGGGACAAGGGCAAUCGAAAAGCGAAUUGCUCUACCAGCAAGUUAGUUAUGGGAAUUCCGAUGGAAUCAAAACCCUUCACAGAGAAGGUGCAGGUCUUGAGUAUAUGGAUAAAGAAGGAAAAACACCCCUGAUUGUUGCUUGUAUGAAUCCUGAGCUUUACAAUGUUGCUAAAACUUUGAUUGAACUCGGAGCAAAUGUUAAUGCUUAUCGUCCCGGUCGUCAUGCUGGGACUCCGUUGCAUCAUGCGGCUAAAAGGGGCCUUGAAAGUAUUGUUAAGUUACUUCUUUUGCAUGGAGCCAAUCCUUUGAUCUUGAAUGAUGAUUGUCAAACUGCUCUUGAGGUUGCCAGGGCUAAAGGAAACGCCAAUGUUGUUCGUGCAAUUGAGAGUCAUAUAUGCUUGUUCUCUGGUUGGUUACGGGAGUUUCAUGGACCUGGGUUUCUAGAAGUAGUUGCUCCUAAUUUGGUAUCCAGAAAAGUUUGGGCGGUAGUUUUACCAGUAGGCUCCCGUGUUCUCACCAGGCCUUACAAGUUGGAGCUUGCCGUAUAUUAUACUUUGCAGGAUGCACGACCACGUACACUUGUUGCUCUGUGGAAGGCCAAUUUAGAAGAACCAAAGCUUCGCCAAUCUGAACCCUCAGUGGCAAUUAGUGAUAAGACUACGAAAACACGCCUUAAAUUUGGGCCCGCAAGUGAGAAUGACAGGCAACAACUUACAUGGUUUUCUAAUGCUUGCAAAGGAAUUCCACAGGUAAAUCCAGCAUUUUUGCAAAAUAAUGUGCCUACAGUUCCACCAACAGCGCCCCCUGCUGCUGAAGACCCAGAAUUGGCUAUGGCUAUCCAUGCUUCUCUUCAGCAUGCCAUUCAGGAGAGGCCAAGCUUUCCUGAUGCCCAACCAAACUCUCAAGCAAGCUCUUCUAUCAGUGGAGUGAAUGAAGUGCAAGGUUUUCUUGGUACACCAAAUACAAAUGCUAAUGAGUCUGUACAUGAAGCUGUUCCAGCUGGCAAUGUCUCUGCUGGCCAUACUGCCAGUGAUCUGAAUUUCAAUCCAUCAGCUCCUCCAUUUGCUGAUGAUGUUCCAUCAGAUGGCCCGAUUCAUUAUCCUUCAAUUGAUUUGAGCCCUGUUGAUGUAUCAUCUCAAGUAGUUGAGAAGCUAUCUAACGAAGCUGGAAAAACUGCUGAUGGAAAACCUGCUGAUGGAAGUGGCUCAACGUGUGUGAUAUGUUUAGAUGCUCCAGCAGAAGGGGCAUGCAUACCCUGUGGCCAUGUUGCUGGAUGCAUGUCUUGCUUGAACGAGGUUAAAACAAAGAAAUGGGGUUGCCCUGUUUGUCGAGCUAAGAUAGACCAGAUCAUAAAGCUAUAUCACGUUUGAGGGUUGAAAUAGUGCAAGAAGCUUACAUGCUCUUGCCUGUUAUAUGAGUAGCAGUACAUGAAAAGAUGAAAAUGCAUAUUCAGUUAAGAAUCGGUUUAUGGCAAGAAAAGACAAACAGAAAAAUGUCUAUACUAGAAGUAUCCGCAUCCGACAGGGUUUGUUGUGAAUAUAUUUAUUUCAUAUGCUUUAUUCUAUGUGCUCGUGGGUUUAAAAUUAUUACUUCUGGAAGUGAAUUGUGAAACUGGUGUAAAUAAUAGGUCUGGGACAUCGAAUACACCAAGGUUUUUGACCAAUUUUGGUUUAAUGUCGAAUAGACUAAGUGAAAAAGGUGUUCCCGGGAGACCUGGGAUCUGUAUUACAACACAUGAAAUUUAUGUGCACUAUUUAGAUU